AUGGUAGUUGCGCACAAUAGUCCCUUCGUCGUUCCUCGCAAUGCGGCCAGCAAUCAGGUCUACCCAGUGCUUAAUCAGCUCGAGGACGGCAUUCGUGGCUUGCAAUUCGAAACUCAUUACCCCAAUGCCACUGCUGGCUUGCACCUCUGCCAUACAUCUUGCAACCUGCUCGACGUGGGAACCCUCGAAUCGUACCUCACCACAGUUCGAGGUUGGCUCGAAACCCAUCCAUACGAAGUCAUAGCGAUCAUGAUGGGCAACGACAACCGUGUGCCUCCGACCACCUACAUAGAACCGUUCCAGAACGCCGGGAUGCUUUCGUAUCUAUAUACUCCACCCAAGCCCAAUGCAACUCUGGACGACUGGCCCACUCUCGCGCAAAUGAUCCUCCUCAACAAGCGGGUGGUAGUCAUGCUUGACUACCUUGCAAACCAAACGGAAGUGCCUUGGCUCCUCGAUGAGUUCAGCUACCAAUGGCAAACGCCCUUCUCUCCGACCGACCCUGCCUUCCCUUGCACCGAGCAGCGCCCGACGAAUCAGCCUGACGAUGUUUCGAGGAACAAAAUGUACAUGGUCAAUCAUAAUCUGAACAUCGACGUGCAGCUUCUUGGGCAAAGCAUCCUCAUCCCGGCUUAUACCCUCCUAGGUGAGGUCAACGCCGUGUCUGGGAAUAGUAGCCUGGGUCGAAAUGUGGAAAACUGUACCGCUAUGUGGGGUCGCCCUCCCAACUGGCUGCUCGUCGAUUACUACAAUUUCGGGAACUUCAACGGUUCCGUAUUCCAGGUCGCUGCGGAUGCGAACGGCGUGUCUUAUGACAGGCAAGAUUGCUGUGGCUCCCCCGUUACCAGCGCGGCCCCUACCGAUACCCAAGUUCAUAAGCUAGCCAUUUAUGUCUUUGCGGCGAUUCUUUCGGGGUGCACGUUGAUGCUGUAA